AUAGUGCUUACCCAAGUGGAUUAUUUUCUUUCCCCAUCGCCGCUCUUGAGCUGAUCUCCGAGUCCGUAUGCGAGGCAUAGAGGUAAACAGAUGGAUUAUCUUCAUCUGCGAGAUGUUGUGCACGCGCGGAGAAAAUGCACAGUGCACGAAUCGCUCCGAUGCUUUUCGAGCUAUUUGACCGUCCUGCCAUUGAAAACGCAUCGAUUGUGGACCGAAAACUGUUUGUUGUUUCUGGACGGCCGUUGGAAGAGGCCUGCGGGGUGCUGAGAACACCCAUCCGGACCUAUUGAGACGUUGCAGGCGCAUGAAAAUGUUUUUGCUCAAGAUACCACCGUAACUUUUACAUUAUGCAAGCUCUUCCUCUGAGUUUGUGACCUAAAUAGACGUUUGGAAAGGGCAAUUGAUGUGUGCCUUCAAGCAGACGGAUUAAAGCGCUUUCCGGCUUGAUUGUAUCAGAGUCAUGAAGUUACUCCUCCUGUUCUCGUAAUGCUUCGUUCUCGUUUAUGCAGAUAUAGUUUUAUGUUUAUGUAGUCUCAUGAGUUGCACAGUUGUAUAUUUUCUAACAUAUUUUGUAAAAUCUCUGUCUCUUAAUUCUGUUCUGUGCUGUGAUGUCAUCGAUUUGUUGCUGGUGGCAGAGACUGAGGGAGAGGUCAGGAUGUAGCAGGGGGUGUGGGUGCGAUUGAGGGCAGUGCGGACAAGACCCUGCUGGUUAGCAUGUCUCAGGAGGACCUCAUUGAGCUACAGGACCUGAACCUGGACAACCACAUAGAGCUGACCACACCGACGGUUCCCCACCAGUCCCUUGGGAAGAAGGUUCCAGAGAAGCUACGGCAGGUCCUGGUGGUUAAGAUGGAGGGGGGCCGUGUAAUUUUGGGGGACCCUAUGUUGAGUGGCAGGACAGGGAAGGGACACCAUUUCCAACCGUGCAGCCACACCCAUUUGGCUUGCUGUGACCUGUGUGGAGACUUCAUCUGGGGCCUGUACAAGCAAAGUCUAAGGUGCAGCUACUGCAGGUUCACUUGUCACUACCGGUGUAGGGCUUUCAUCCAGUUAGACUGCAUUCCUUUAACUGGCCAGUCAGAUUUUGAGGAUGGCACUGUGGAGAAGGACACCAAUGUGGAUGAGGAGAUUGAUUGGGGGAAAUGUGAGCUGUCUGUCUCCGAGGUGGUGCAGAAGGUGAAGGAGUAUAACGCCCAGGUCAAUGGCAACCUGCCCAUGGUGCUGGACAGAGAUGGAUCCUAUAGCGGCUUCAUAAAGGUCCACCUCAGGCUGGUUUGUUCUGGUUCUGUCCACCAGAACCCAAAGCAGCUGCACAUAAGCUCACACACACGCGUGUGUGAGGUGAUCCAGGCACUGCAGUCCGUGCUGAGCCAGGCCCAUUCCCCCAGGGCUGCUCUGUACGAACGCACACGCUACCUGGGCCAGGUGCGCGUGCGGCGGCUGGAGGUGGCAGAGAGACCGUUAGCACUGCGUCUGUGUGCAGGGCCCAGUGAGGAAUCACUCAGCCUAGAGCUGCAGGAGGAGGACCUGAUAGAGAUCAACUGGGAUGCCUUCACACUGCCAGAGCUGGACAAUUUCCUGCGUAUCCUGCAGCGUGAGGAGGAGCAGCACGUGAAGCAGAUAGUGCAGCGCUACGGCCUCAGCCGACUCAGACUCCAGGAGGCGCUAGCGUGCAGCGCACCCGGCUGACUGCGUCAGGAUGCACUCCAAGCAGCUAUCACCAGGUGGAGACAUCAAGCCCUGACACUCUUAACCCACUCUUCCCUACUGCAGGAAACCUCCGCAGACAGGAGAAAAAAUGUCUCCUGGAAGAGAAGAGGGAGGGAGAUGAAGCGAGAGUGAACCAAGAGAAGAGAAAAGGGCAGAGGCAGAGCAAGGCUGACAGAGAAAGAGAGAAGAGGAAUGUAGGUAAAAGGUAACAGAGCAAGAAGGGAGAGAGAGAUGGAGUGGUAGGGAGAGAAAGUGAGAAUGGUUGGAUCUUCUCUGUAGCUGUAUGCUAGCAAGUGGAGAAUUGUGCAUCACCGGUAUGUGCUGUCUACAGAUCUCAGCCCGGAGAACAGACAAAAUGACUGACAGCUGUCUGGGGUGGUGGUGGAAGCUCAUUUUUGCACUGUGCUGAUUGGAUGGUAGUGUGAGUGACAGAUCAGGGAGCAAGUGAAGGACACCCUGAAAAGGUCACCUAUUGAUAAUCUUGUCUCUUUAAUUGAUUGUUUGUUUUCCUUAGUGCUGCCCAUUGCGAUGAGCUAUGCAGGUCAUGAACUCUGCUGAGAAGCUUGCAGUGUUUGCAUGUUUUCCUGGGAUCUUUUGUGACUACAGCGAUGAGUUGUCGUUGCACCGUUGGAGAAAUUUGACAGGACAGCCACUCCUGGGAAGAUUCACCACUGUUCCAAGUGUUCUCCAUUUGGAGACAAUCGUUGUCACUGUGGUUCAGUGGAGUUCCACAGCCUUAAAAAUGGCUUUGUAACCCAUUCCACACUGAUAUAUAUCAACAAGUGUUUUUGUUUUGUGAAGCAUACUAAAAUAUUCUUGUAUUCAAUUAUCUAAAAAGGUGUACUUACAGUGUGUAGUAUUGUUGUUUUGUCUUUUAUAUAUUCAGAAUUUUUAAAACAUAAAUAUCUUCCGAGUAACAAUUAGGCUACACUUACACAUGGGUGA